AUGAUCAAGGCCGGGAACACAAGUUACAGCGUCGUCAGGUCUUUCUACGACAAAGAUUCCGACUCGGACAUCCUCGUGUACGGAACGUCGGACAAGGCGGACUGGGCAGCUUACAUGAGCGCCGACACCAAGAAGAGCCGAGUCGACUGGGUGUCUGGUCUGAAUUUUGGCGGCAUCACCGACUGGGCUGUCGACAACCGAGCCAAGACAGACCCAAGCGACAAAUGCGACCCCAAGGAGCGCAAGUACAGUAGUAUCGGCGUCGUCACCAACGGCGACCACCACUUCGACCAGCUUAGCGCCGAGCUGUACACGCUGGCCAUCGGCCUGAACCUGUUCACCAUCAGCGAGAACUGCCUCAUCAACCCCAGGCGGCCCCCGCUGCAUCCGCGUCUAGACCGGGCGGGGAAGAGCCCUGCCCAGACGCUCCAUGCGGCCCAGAACCCGGCCUUCGAGCCGUAG